AUGUUCCCGAAAGCCAUUGCUGAUUUCAAACGGUUAAUUCAAAAUCAACCUCAAUUUCAAAGAUGCCUUGAGAGAAAAUACGUAGCCAAUAACUAUGUUGAAUCACGACACAGUCAGCUCGAGACUAUCUACUUCAAUCGUGCACGCAUCAAAAAAUUGGAUUGUCUCAUACUCACUUUUACAAAUGAUGUCGAGCGUGUCCACUUCAAUAAUAAUGUCAUGCUCAUUUUCAUGAUUUUCAACCUUCUGGGUGAGACUGGCAGUAUAACUAAUGAUUAUAAUAGUGAGCUGCACCUGCCCGAGCUUCUUGGCUCGCCAAAUCCCGUCCAGGCAUUUGUAUUUGCUGAAGCGGUUACUGUGGAGCAGGAUUCAGUUUCAUUGAACAAUAAGAGAUUUCAGGAGCAGAGUUGGACAGGCAAGGUAGUGUUAAUGCAAAUGAAAACCAACAUUGCCACUCGCUCUGUAACGAUGUAUCACGGGUUUGAAGAUCUUCGAACUUUGAGGACAAUUCCUGGUUUAGACCAAACAAAAGCUGAUACGAUAGAUAGAGCGCUUGCAGAUGUUAUGAUAUUUAUGGUUGAAUACAGAAGGAACCCCAAUUUAGGUUUUAUCGGUUCGAUAGAUGGCACAAUAUCACUGUGUGGUGACUUGGACGACAAAGACGAAUCUAAUGAUGCCUUUCUUGUUGGAGUUGAUGAAGGUAACGCUUAUUUUACGAUCGGAUACACCUGA